AUGUUGCCAGAUCUUUCGCCCCAUCUACACACGCUAGAGUGCAAUUAUUUAAUAAAGCUUUUACAACAGUGCCUCGGGGAGAACACGUUUGGCAAACACCUCGGACAGUGCAGCAAUUUGGACGAGGCCGUGUGGCAAUGUACGAAAAAGGAGCGGAUCUGGAGGAGAGACAACAAUCCGCGCUAUAAACGACACGCCGUCGAGCUGCAGCGACUACCCGAAUCGCACUGGACCCCCGAUGUCAGGAGGCUCUACAACGAGGGUCUAAUCCCUCCGAUCAACAUCGAGCAGCAAAAGCAA